GCCAUUACUAAGCGGUGUGUUCUUGUCACUUUGUGCCUCUUUCUUUCUUUUCCUGUUGUCAAAGGCAAAUUCAUUAAACAUGUCGGACGUUGAAGUUGAAACUCCAGCUGCCCCAGUUGCUGGUGGCCCAAUGGACAUUAACACAGCUUUGCAAGAAGUUUUGAAGAAGGCCCUCAUUGCCAACGGUUUGGUACGUGGCAUUCAUCAAGCAUGCAAAGCUCUUGACAUUCGUCAAGCUGUUUUAGCUAUUUUGGCUGAAAGCUGCGAAGAGCCACAAUACAAAAAAUUGAUCACUGCUUUGUGCAACGAACAUCAAAUUCCAUUGAUUCGUGUUGAUUCAAACAAAAAAUUGGGCGAAUGGAGCGGUUUGUGCAAAAUCGACAAAGAAGGUAAACCACGUAAGGUUUGCGGUUGCUCCGUCGUUGUCAUCAAGGACUUUGGAGAAGAAACUCCAGCUUUGGAUGUCGUUAAGGAACAUCUCCGCAAUCAAAGCUAAAUCACAAUCUUUUUAUGAUCAUUAGAAAUAAUGGCAUGUGUGUAACUUCUUCAUUAAAACCGUUUUGAAAGAGAAAAAAGGAGACAAAAAAUA